ACCGACUGGUGCCCUGCUUCCAUUUGGUACAAAAAACCAAUUCAAUCCUCCCUCCUACAAUCACUAACCAGCUCCUUCUCCCGAGCCCUUCAUAGGCUCCAGCAUGGACCAUCAAAUCUUCCCAAACCAUCAUCACCAUGUCGGCCAAGAGAAAGAGCGUCAGCUUCCUUGAGCUGGACUCAACCGGUACCACUACUUGGGGAUCCAAGGAACGGCCCGAGCCACCCAAAAAGCGCCCAAAACAACAACAAGGCAAAGAAACAGUCACCAACCCCAUCACCCACACCCUCCUCUCCAUCUACUAUCCCCAAACCCUCACUCUCCGCCAAUACGCACUGUCCAAACUUCCCAAAACAUCCAGAAUUCGCCGGAAGAAGAUCGCCGCACUCGGCCUGUCUUCCUCUCCCCCUUCUCCUUCCCCUGCCCCUGCCCCAGCCUCGGAGAAACCCUCCGCUGCCCAAGCACUUGAGCAAGCCCUAGGUACCCUCCUCGACACAACUCUGGUCUGCUCUCACGACCCUCCAUCAGACAUCACUUCCAAGAAAGAAAAGUCUGAUUACCGCUGGGAACAAUGGGUCGGCUUCUCCCAAGGCGGAGGAGGAACCAAAGGUGAUGAGUCCCAUGUGACCCUGACUGAUGGGUUAAAGGGGGCCAUGUACUCGCAGUCCGACAUUGUCGACUUUGUCAUCUGGCUGUUAUUCUCCCGUGGUUCCCGCUCAGCAUCUUUCCGAGAAAAGACAAAAACCGGGAACGGAUGGCCUGGGCCGAGACAUUUACUCUGUGAUGGUUUCCGGAAGGGAGUCCCUCCGCAGGGUCGAUCUGGGGACAUGGCAACAACCGCCGGUCAUCAGCAUCAGAUACCCGGUGUGUAUGCGGUUCAUCAGAAUAACUGUGUCAAAGUGCUAAAGGAAGCGCCUUGGCCGCAGUUCUUGAUGUUACUGGGGAAAGAAGGGGAGAGGAUCAUGUUGGAUCUGUUGCUGGAUUGUGCCGUGUUUGUAGGUGUGAAGGAGGGAAAGGGGAAUUUGGUUCAAAUGAGCGGUAUUCCUGUUUCGGAACUGCAGUCGCGGCGGUCGUUGGCAACGGACUUUGCUGCCAGGAAAGACUUGAAGGGCACUGGUGGGGCCGGCGGUGAGAACCAGGAACUGAGUCCUUCGGAAAUCACCUUUGCCAGAAACAGAAUGUUGUACGCCAGAGCGGCGUUGAAUGCAAAGGGGUUGGUUCACUUUGGACUGAGGCAUAUUCACGUUUUGAACCGUUUUCCAUGCCAAAAGCCAGCUGAAGGAGAAGAGGCAAGUAAACCGGAUGAGAGCACAACACAUGUGAUGAUGUACAUCUUUCCUCGCCAGUUCGGGCUUCACAAUGUCUUCACUUCGGCGGUAGAUCGUCAGCAGACUGCGCAAAAGUUCCAAGACUACACUCUUCGCGAAGAUGAGAUAGCAAAAAAGUUCCCUAAACCGGCCGAGGAGGAGCGGCCCAAGAUCAAGAUACCCAAGAGACUCAGAGGUAACACGCAAGAGUUGGUUCGUAAGUUGCAAGUGUUGCAUAAGCGAUGUUCGUAUGCUGAGAUGCUGCAGUAUUAUUGUCCUCUUCCAAAACAACUAGAACCAGAGCAAAAGUCACAGUCAAGUCAACUCAGAAUUUCAGCCCGCCCCUCAAAGUCAUCCCAAAAGAACCGCAGGAAUCUUCGUCCACCUUCUACCGCUGCCGUCAUCUCGAAUUCUGAUUCCCAGUCUUACUCUCUUCUGGACCUAGCUACCCCUAUUUCGAGCAUAUCAGCCUUUUGCCAAGCUGUUCUAUCGAAAAUAAUCCCCAACGACUUCUGGGGCUCGUCAGACUCAGAAGAGGGACAUCCCCAAGAACACAACAAGUCGGUCUUCCUCAAACAAAUCGACAACUUUAUCCGCCUCCGCCGCUUCGAAUCCAUGACCCUUCACAACCUCGUGCAAGGAAUGAAACUCUCUUCCAUUUCCUGGUUGGCAUCUGCAGCUUUAUCCUCGCACAAGUGCUCCCAGCCCGAGCUCAACAAACGAAAAGAAAUCUACCUCGAGUUUCUCUAUUACACCUUUGACUCGCUCUUGAUUCCGCUGAUCCGGUCCAACUUUUAUGUUACGGAAAGUUCGGCACAUCGGUACAGAUUGUUUUUCUUCCGACAUGAUGUCUGGCUGUCUGUCACCAAGCCGGCCCUCGCUUGUCUGAAAGUGAAAAUGUUUGAGGAGGUCAAGGGCGCGGAAGCGGUGAAGAUGCUGGAGGGGAGGAAGUUGGGGUUUUCCCAGGUGAGGUUGUUGCCGAAGGGAGUGGGAAGUAAUCUAAGGCCGAUCAUGAAUCUGAGGAGGAGGGUUUUGGUCAGGGGACUCGGGAGUAAAGGCAUUUGGGGAAAGCAAAAGCAGAUGCUCGGGCCAAGUAUCAACUCAGUACUAGGACCGGUGAAUUCCAUGUUGAAGUUUGAAAAGAGGGAACGGCCGGGACGGUUGGGAGGUGGAAUGUUUGCUGUGGGGGAUAUUUAUCAGAGGGUGAAGGAGUUUCGAGCUCGGGUGAUGAGCGAGGUUUCGAAGAAAAAGGGCAAGAAAAAGUUUUAUUUUGUCAAGGUGGACGUGCAAGCGGCCUUCGACACCAUUCCACAAGCGGCAAUGGUCGAGUUACUGGGAAAAAUCCCGGGACAUGGGGUGUACAAGGAGUCAAAACACGUCGAGGUCAGUCUUCCGUUGGAUUACGAACAUAACCCAGCAAACAACGACGACACCAACAUCGACAACCCGAAAUAUAAGCUAAAACCAACCAAACGCUGGCACUCAACCACCACGUCCUUUCCCUCGAUCACUACUACAACAACAACAACCUCAACCACUUCCGCAUCAAUAUCCAUCCUCCCCCAACAACAAGACUCAGUGGCAACAACCAAAAAGAACACCCUCUUCAUCCCCUCCCACUCUUCCACCAAACUACACACCUCUUCCGCCCUCUUAUCCCUCGCCAAAGAACACAUCACCCAAAACCUCGUCAAGAUCGGGAAGAAGUACUACCGACAAAAGACGGGGAUACCCCAGGGUUCCGUGCUCUCCAGCACGUUAUGCAACUACUUUUACGCUGAUCUUGAACGCUCUCAAGGGUUGGCUUUCCUGGGUUUAGGGACUGAAGACGAUGACGAGGGAAGGGGGAUAAGUCGCGACGGAAAUACCUUAUUAAUGCGUCUAAUCGACGACUUCCUCCUCAUCACCACGUCGCGGUCCAAAGCGCGGCGGUUUGUGGAGGUGAUGCAUCGUGGGUUUGCAGAGUAUGGCGUGACUGUUUCAGCGAAUAAGAGUUUGGUUAACUUUGAUGUUUGUGUUGGUGGUACUCGAGUGUUAAAGUUGAGGAGGGGAAGGAAGACGAAGUUUCCGUAUUGUGGGUUGAUGAUUGAUACGAGGACGUUGGAGAUUUGUAAGUCUGGUACUGGGAUUGGUACUGGUGGGGUGGAGGAUAAUAAAAAGGAUACAGUGGUAUUCAAUGGGAUUACGGUUGAGUACUCGAGGAAUCAGGGACGGAAUUUCAGGAGGAAGGUGUUGAACGCCUUCAAAAUCCAAUCCCACCUCCUCUUCUUCGACACCACGCACAACUCCUUCCGCACCACCCUCCGCAACUUGUACUCGGCCUUUCUCGAAACAGCCAUCAAGAUGUGGGCGCACGCUCGCUGUCUUUCCUUCACCCAAAGAAAACCAGGUACUGCUUUGGUUAUAGAUACAAUCAAGUCCCUCAUCGAAGUGGCGUACCGUCUGUUGACGAGUAAAUCCAGAAAGGAAAGAUAUCCUGGGUAUCAGUGCUCUGUCAGUAAAGGGCAAGUUGCGUGGUUAGCCAUGGUUGCUUGCCGACAGGUGCUGGUGAGAAAACAAGCGGGGUAUAGGGAGGUGAUUAGGUGGUUGGAGGGGGAAAUUGAGAAGGUGAUGAGAGACAAGAAGAAGGAGAAGAUGGAUACGAGGGUGUUGGUUCAGGUGGCGAGGGAAGUAAGUUUCUGUUAGGCCUUGGGUCUAGCUUAGAAUAGGGGGGUGUAGGUACACAAAGGUUGAGUGCAAAAAAGUCUUAAGAGCGAUGAUGUCUUUCUAUGUCUAUAGCUUAUCGAUGCCAUGUCCAUCUAUGAAUACUUUCUA